AUGCUGGCGACGGGCAUGUUUACCAAGGACGACGAGGCCGCCCGGGUCCUCCAAGAACUCGUGGAAUUACGGUACACGGCCCACCAGCUACGUUUCGCUUUUGUUGUGCUCCUCGACCUCGAUGCUAAGCCGACGACGUUGUACAACGCAUUCGAGAAGCACCUGGUGAAAGACUUUCUCGACCGAGGGAUGACGCCGUCUACUGCUGCGACGGAAUUGAAGCGAUGCUUACGCCUGGCUGCGGCUGCGCAGGACCGUGCCGACGCGUUGGCCUUCUUGGACGUGCCCGUGCCCAUAGCAUCAACGAGCAGGCAGUCCACCGACAGCACUCCUCCUAGAACAGCCACGGCGACCACCCCAAUUUUCCACGCACUCCAGGCUCGCGCGCGCAGCGACUCAGAGCAGCGCGCGGCCACCACGACAAUCACUAGACACAUCACCGCCAAUGCCUCCAAGUUCGUCUUCGUCCACGGCGCCGCCGGCACGGGCAAGUCCACGGUGGCCCAAUACGUGCAUUACUACACAGAAUCUCUCGGCAAGUCCUGCGUCAACGUGGCCACGACAGGCCAGGCCGCCCUUCUCUUACCUCAUGGCGCCACGGCCCACUCCACGUUCAAGAUACCUCUGGGAGACGAGGAUCCAUUGACGUGCAAUCUGGGCUUGCAAACUGCUGAGGCCGCGCGCCUAGCUCGCGCUUCAGUCAUACAGUGGGACGAGUGGCCUGGAGCGAAAAGGACAGCGCCGGAUGCCGUUGUGCGUUUUCUGGACACCCUCCAGAAGGCAGCCCCAGACACUUACUCCCCCAAGGUCAUUGUGUGCUACGGGGACUUCCGCCAGAUCCCUCCUGUCCUCAAGCACGCGUCCAGACGCGACAUUGUUGCAAUGAGCGUGCGUUCGUCAUCAACGUGGGACCAUUUCGAAUGCCACCGGCUCACUACCAAACACCGCCAACAUGCUGAUCUCACGUGCGCUCGCUGGAUCGAGACUGUCGGCAAUGGAACCGCCGAGGCGAAGCACUCCGUGGAUGGUACUCCCGGUUACUUGGAACUGCACCUCUGCCCAACCAUAUUGGAACCCCGCGAGGCCAUUGAUUUCUGCUUCCCACACCCGAACGACGCAAAUGCUUGCGCAAAGUCCAAGAUCUUGGCCGUCACCAACGAUACCGUCGACGCGUUCAACGACAUGGUCCUGAACAUCCUCGCACACACCUACCGUCGCGACGAAUACCAUCGGUUCAGCGCCGACUGCAUAGAGAUCGACCGGGACGAUCAGUUCAUCGAACCUCGCGUGACGCCCGAAUUUCUGAACGUCCAAACUGAACACGGUGCGACAACCAUCGUGCGCCGACAAUUUCCAUUGCGCCCGGCGUACGCCUCCACCCUCAACGGCGCCCAGGGCAGCACCCUGGCCAGAUGCGUCAUCGACCUGCGACGCAGCCCCUUUACGCACGGGCACCUGUACGUGGCGCUCAGCCGG